AUGACAAUGGAAGAUCGCACGAGUGGCAUCGACCGCGCCGCCCCCGCGACCUCGACACCGGCCACGACGGCACUGACGUCGGCGUGCCCCGCGUCCAUCAGCGAUGUCACGCCCGAUGCUUCGUAUCCCCUUCAACGCGCCAGCAAGCGCUCCUUCGACGUCGCCUUCCUGAUGGCGCCCGACGAGAAUCUGGUGCGUCGUCAGAGCGAAAAGUUGCGAUUGAUAUCUAGCCGAAAGGACCGUCUGCGAGAUGACAUUCCUGCGGACAACGUUCUAGAUACCGAUAGACUACCGCAGAAUCUUACCAUCAAACAUUACGACAACGAUUCCGGCGGCUUGGACCGAAGAAGAUUGUUGCAAUGCACGGAGAACUCGUUGAGUCCGCCCUACGUGUCUCCGAGGACUUUGACGCCAACUUUGCCAGGAUUGUCUCCGGACUCCGAUGGAAGAAGAUACGCGCCGGUCGGCGGUCGGCUUCAGAAGACUCCGAGUCCGCCUGCGUUUGUCGGUCAUCAAUCCAUGCUGACCGGCUGUCCGGAGUCGACGGAUCCGUCGAUUUUGGCCUGCGCGAAGGUUUACGAGACGGGUAUCACUUGCGCGGAUCGUCAUGGCGAAUCUCGCAGCGCCUUCACGAAGGUCAACCUGGCGGCGCAGCGGAACGGUUUCAACGACGACAGCCAGGCGUCACCUAGAUCGUCGAUAUCGCCGGACGAUCGCGCGAGUUAUCAGAGCAGCGUUAGCCCGCCGGUGGUGCCGUUGCCCGGCGCAACGAGCUACAAGUACGCGUCGUUUCCCACGAAGAUGACGUAUCCGUUCCUGACUGUAGGAGCGGAGACCGGUCAAACAGGACUGCUGGAGAACCUGAAGAUCCCACAAAUCGCCCAGCCGCCCAAAGUGCCGAGCCCGAAGGUGGCCACUUUCCGACCGGAUCUCCCGCCGGUUUAUCCCAACCUCUCCUACAAUCCUAUUUCCGUGUUCCCGCCGAUGGCGGACGCUCUCGCCAGGCCGAGAUUCCUGGCCACGGCGGCCGGGGUGGCCGGCCUCCUGCCGCCGUCGUUCGCCGCCCUAACUCUACCGGCGCAAAACGUCUGCGCCAAGUGCAAUCUGUCGUUCCGAAUGACCUCCGAUCUGGUUUAUCACAUGCGCUCUCAUCACAAAAACGAGAGCCUGGGCGAGGCGGCGAGGAGGAGGAGAGAAGAGAAGCUCAGGUGUCCCGUUUGCGACGAGAGCUUUCGCGAGAGGCAUCACCUCACCAGACACAUGACCGCUCAUCAGGACAAGGAGAGCGACGGUAUCGUCGAUCAGGUCGAGGUCAAGAGGAGGGCUACUCCCGUUCACAGUAAGUGACGACGAAAACUGCCGACCGAGGAUAUUCUGACGGCUGGCUAUUCCUUUGAGAAUUGA